AGCAGCAUAAACAACAUCGUUAAUAACAACAACAGCAGCAGCAGCAGCUGUAGUGACAGCAGCAGUAACCAUCGAACUGCAAUUUUUUUCCCCUCCAUCCACUUAUUUUCUUUUUUUACCCCCCUUUUCAUACGUACCACACUCUCCCCCCCUCAUCAGUUUUUGUGAGCCUUUUUUUUCCCACUGUCCGACUAUCGAUUGAUCCGUGAGAUUUCCACACAAAAGAGAAACUGAUUGCAAUGGCUGCAGCGGCUACAGUAUCACCAGGUCCGUCGGGUUCCGGCUCUACUGGAACUCCAGACAGUGGUAAAGUGGCAAGAAAAAGGAAAAUUGGAUCUGGCCGAGAUUCUGACGAUGAUGACAGCCAGCACGGUUCUUUCUCCACUUCCCAAGAUGCAAUUGACAAAGAAAGGUUUGCCAGGGAAAGUCACUGUGAAAUUGAAAGGCGGCGGCGGAACAAGAUGACUGCUUAUAUAAAUGAGCUGUGUGAUAUGGUACCAACCUGCAGCACCCUUGCUCGCAAACCAGACAAACUAACAAUAUUACGUAUGGCUGUGUCCCACAUGAAAACAUUAAGAGGAACUGGAAAUACAAGUAAUGAUGGAUCCUAUAAACCUUCCUUUCUCACAGACCAGGAGCUGAAACAUUUGAUACUUGAGGCAGCAGAUGGUUUUCUGUUUGUGGUCCAAUGUGAUACAGGAAGAAUUAUUUAUGUAUCCGACUCUGUAUGCCCAGUUCUUAAUCAAUCUCAGUCUGACUGGUUUGGAAAUACUAUUUACGAUAUGGUGCAUCCUGACGACCUUGAGAAAGUCCGAGAACAGUUAUCAACUACUGAAUCCCAAAACACUGGACGUAUUCUUGAUUUGAAAACUGGAACUGUUAAGAAAGAAGGUCAUCAAUCAUCCAUACGUUUGUGCAUGGGUUCUCGGCGUGGUUUCAUUUGCCGCAUGAAGAUGGGUAACGUCCAAGUCGAUCCUGUGACUGCCAACCAUACAAUUCGAGUCCGUCAGAGAAACGCAUUUGGUCCAUCCUCUGAUGGCAAUAGCUAUUCAGUUGUCCAUGUUACAGGUUAUAUAAAGAACUGGCCUCCAUCUAACAGAGACCUUGAAAAUGGAUUUGUUUCCUUUGUAGGAGUGCAACAGAUAGAGCGUCAAGAUGGAGAGGAGCCCCACAGCCACUGCUGCCUGGUUGGUAUAGGUCGACUGCAGGUAACCAGUGCUACAAACUGCAAUGAUCUCAUGGGACAAAACGCUUCCUCAGAAUUUAUUACCCGACACAGCAUAGACGGAAAGUUUACGUUUGUUGACCAGCGAGUGACAGCAGUACUAGGCUACCAACCUCAGGAACUUCUUGGUAAAUCUGCAUUUGAUUUUUAUCAUCCGGAAGACCAAGCCCAUAUGAAAGAUAGCUUUGAACAAGUAUUAAAACUGAAAGGCCAGGUGAUGUCCAUUAUGUACCGUUUUAGAGCAUCGAAUCGGGAAUGGAUGUGGCUGAGAACAAGCAGUUUUAGUUUCCAAAACCCUUACACAGACGAAGUGGAAUACAUAGUUUGUAACAACAGUUCUGCUAAUUCAAAUUUUCUUGAGAAUUUAAUCCCCAAAUUUUGUUCUAGAAGUGUCCAGCAAGGUAAUUCUACAGCCCCAACUAUGCAGAAUCCAACUGAUCAAAGUUCAGAGCCAACGCCGACUAUAAACACAUACGCCACUCCUCGGGGCCUACCUACAGACUCCUUAGGUUUACGAACAGCUAACGUGAAAACAGAUUACCGUGAUCCUUAUUCUACAGCCGAUGUUUACAGCCGCAGUAUGCUAAGCACUAAUCGUAACCUUACCCAACAAGACUUGUACGGCUACAAUUCUCAGUCUACAAUGAAAUACCCCAGUGCUGCCAUGUCACUUCCUCAGGUAUCUCCUGCCACAACAAUGCCAUCUUUGGUCAGACACCCUAAUCAGAGUCCCUCUCAAAUGGCUGGUAAUGCUUGGUCUAGUCAAGGAGCAUACGCACAAAGCCAGCCAACUGCUGACUACAGUACAAACCCAGGCUAUAAUCAAAUGAGCCCUGACAACAGUUCGCCAGAUUUGCCAGCUGUUGGUUUCAACUUACCAGAUUUCAAAUGUAACCAACCACUAUGGCAGCAGUGGUCUGGAAAUACAGGGGAUCAUGCUCAGCAAGGCUCUUCUCAAGGCAAUCCAUCAGCAGGAGCACAACAAGCUCAACAACAACAACAACAGCAGCAGCAGCAACAGCAGCCGGAAGAAUUCAAUAACAUGUUUCCAAUGCUUGACCAGACCACACCAGAGUUCAGUGAUCUGACAGGCAUGUUCAAUACUUUUGGAGAAUGACCCAGUGAGUUCUCAUCAAUAGUCCACCCAAACAUCAACUCAGUAUUGUGUAACAUGAAAGCUACAUGUUAUGCAAAGGAAACAGAAUGUGUUAUGUAUAAUUGAUCUGAUUAAGAAGUAAUGAGAGCAUUAACUCGCUCUUAUGUUGUGUUUAGAGCAAAAUAGAGAAAGAUUUAUAAAACAUUAAACAAAUAAACUAUGACAAUUUACUGUAGAGAUGUCUCUCAGAUUUUGCUCAUGAAUUCUCCACAGUAUUUAAAAACAAAACAAUCAACUCAAUUUAGAAUAUUGCAUAUAUCCAUUCAGAUUGUAUCGGUUUUAUGGAGUAGCCAUAAACACAGAAGUUUUGAUAUACUGCUUAAACUCAAACAUGACACUGUAUUGACAAUAUCAUUCCAGAACUCUAAUGAAAACCUUGCUAAAGCAUUUAUUACACUAAAGGAAAAGUUUAAAUUGGAGAUUCUGACUGAUUACCAUUCUUAUUUAACAAUCAAUUUUAACUUACAAAAUACAAAAAAAAAAAAAAAACCCCCAGCAAAAUUAUUCAAGACUCCAGUCCAGUCCUCUUUUCUUUCAAACUGUCUUUCUCCAGAAUUACAUUGAAUAUAAGCUAUUGGCUUGUUUUGACUAAAGACUGAAUCUGCCUCUCCUCACUGUCAAUCAGAUAUUAGCCAAUUCUUAUGUUCUCUAUUUCUGACAUACAAUAUUUGGUUACAUAUUUUAUUUUCUACACAUCUCCCCUUUGCAGAAACUGCAUACCUGACCGACAUAUGGGAUGCUCUGGAUAUUUGUAACAAUGGGUUUUCAUUCUGUAUUUCAUUAUACGAUAUAUACCCAAUACCGAAUGCAAAAUAUUGAAAGUUAGUUCUUUGGACUAAUUUUAUGCCCCGUUUCUUUUAGUUCUGCUUCAUUAAAUCAUGUCAGUAAGUAAAUAUUUGAUUUACACUUCCUCUUCUCUAUUGAACAUUGAAAGCAGCCACUACCAGUUUCUUUUCAUAAUACAUAUGGUACAAAUAUAGUGAUGGUUCUUUGUGUCUUUAAUUCAGAAAACUGUUUUUGUUUCUUUGGUUGUGAUAUUGCUAACAAAAUAGUCUCAUAAAGGAAAUCUGUUCUUAAACAUUAUAAGAAGAUUAACUGUGCCAGCAACUGAAAUCUCAAGGAUUUGAACUCCUAAUGUUGCAUUUCAGUUGGUGGCUGGUGUCUUGUAAUCUGCUGAUAUUAUUAACCUAAAUCCUUCCUUUCUGACCCCAAAUGCCAACUGAUUUCAAUAGAAUCAUUAUUUUAGGCACAGAACAAAAUGUAUACCAAAUUCUACUAGAAUAUUACAUCUAACUACUUUUAGAUUAUAAUCAUUGAUUAACCCACAAAUUUAAUUAUGAAUUGUUCCAAAAUUAUUUGCUAAUUAUCAAUAUUUGGAGAUGAUUUCUUGACACUCACAGAUGAUAUUUUGAUGAAAGAUUUUACAAUCAAAAGAUAGGGUAGAAGAAAAUUAACUCCAUCAAUUCUCUUUCCUAACACAGAAUACUUUUUGUCUUCUUUUUCACCUUUAGAAAAAUGUCCUCUCAUAAAUAUAUAUGUACGUGUGUGUGUGUUUGCAUGUGCUAUUGCUUAUACUUCAGUUUGCCCCCAUCCCCUUCAUCCUUUUUUUUUUUUUUUAAUAUUCUGUCUGAGUGUUUGGAAUAAGAAUUCUGUUUAUAAUGUGAAUAGCUUUUAACAAAACUUGAUUGAAGACCUGAAGCAAAUUAUAAAAACCAUGUUCCACCCAAAUUUAAUAAAUUGAAAUUCCAGGUUUGUCA